AUGAACGAGCCCCCGGGUGCCAUGCCAAAGACGGGCCAAGUCCACCCCCGCCGCCCUCCUGCCCACAAGUCUGUCUCGCUCCGCCAUAGCCCGCCGCCGGCUACAAUCAAACGUCAAGUCCGAGAACCCACGACACGCAGCUCGCCCACGCUCGCAAGCGACAGGGCCAAUCCGCCUUCGAGUGCCUCGCCACAGUUGCUCUCCAACAAGAACAGCUCGGGCGAGAGCAGUGAUGCCGGCCAAUGGUUCGAGAAGACCAACAACAAGGCCAGCCAGAGCAAGUCUUCGUUUGUCGACAACGAGCCACCCUUUUUCCUCCGCAAUUCGUCCUCGUCAGAAACGCCUCCCGACCACUCUCAGUAUGCAAACAUGCACCCUUCCAUCCCGUACCGCCCCAGCCUGGGCCAGCUCGGCACCGAUGGCAGCAGCACCGAGGACUUCCGCAGCGUCAUUGAUGACCUUACCGUUGCCAACAAGAGACUCAAGCAGAGGCUCAAGAAGUACGAGAAGCUCUAUGACGCACAUCUGCAGGAAGAGAAGUUGUUCGAGGUGCGCUUCCACGGCCUACCCGACCACAAGAAGAAGGAACUGGAAGAGACGCUCCGCAAGUUUGCAUCUGAACUCGAUGAUGGAACUACCAACGACUACGCCCAAAUCUCCGCAUACGCUCCCGCGCUCGAGACGCACAACACGGCCUCGUCCAUCUCCCGCUUUGCCGAGUCGGGCUAUGCGUCCAUGUCGGCGUCCGGCCAGAACUCUUCUGGGCCAUCCAACCAGGAAAAGGACCGUCGCAAGAUGACCCGAUCGGCAUACAGCCGCCAACAACAAACCAUUCACUCAUACCUCCACGACAUCCCUAUCGGCCUGGUCCCAAACAACAAGAGUGUGCCCAUGACAGAGAAGUCGAAGAAGAAGAUGGUCGUUCGGCGCCUAGAGCAGAUCUUUGCUGGCAAGCGAUCAGCCCCUGGAUCCCACCCCCAGCCAAUGCAGCAACAGGAGGUCUCUCAGUCGGCAGCUACGGCGGACCGCGAGCAACGAGAGGCAACCGGCCAGCACUACAAGCCCGAAGGCCAGCGCGAGGCACGCAUCAUGUCGGACCGCGAAACAAUCGAAGAAGAAGAGAGGUGUCAGGAGGAGGCCCUCCAAGGAUUCCGUCCUACGCUACAGAUUGAGGAACAUGACUUUGCUGGCUCAGGGUCUUCACCGGACCAACGACCGACCCGCCCAUUGGAUCUGGACCCCUACCGUGCGCAGGUUCCCCUCGAGAACAUGAACUACAUCCGCCAUCUUGGCUUCACCCCACCAGACAUGCGCUCUGGAGAAGCUCCGCUGGGCCAUGGCUGGAUCUAUCUCAACUUGCUCAUCAACAUGGCGCAACUUCACACUCUAAACGUAACCCCGGAGUUUGUCAAGGACGCACUACACGAGUACAGCAGCCAUCUUGAGAUCUCACGUGAUGGUCGUAAGAUUCGAUGGAAGGGUGGCCGUGACGUCACUGCUCACAGCGGCGAAAGCUCGUCGGAGCAUUACAGCGGCACCUCACCUAACGAAAAUGGUUUCUUAUCUCCGUCCAAGCAUGUGCAGUCUGGUAGCAGCGGUACUGGUAGUGAAGCCAUUGGCGACUCUAAGCUCGCAAGGAAGCUAGCCUCGGCUCAACGUGAGAAGGAACAGAAUAAGUUUGCCUACAAACCCCUAUUCUUCCACAAGGAGGAUUCCGAUAACGAAGAGGACUACUAUGGCUUCGACGCUGAGUCUUCGGCCAACUUCUCCCACCAUCCCCAACCGGCUGGUAACUCAUCGGGCUUCAGCAGCUCUAUCAUGCAAAGCCAGCCAUCCAAGCCUAGACGUGACGAUGGACCCAUGAUCUUCUACAACAAGGCCAAGUUCUGCACCGAUCUUAGUGGUGACCGUCAUGGAGCGUUCCUCACAAUGCCGGGCAGCUACAAGGCCAUUACGAGCCAGCCUCUUGGUGCCAAGAUGGACCCUGCAUUACAAGCCAACGCUGUCUCGGAUACUGCAGAGCCACGUGGCCCUCUGGAUUCUACCCCUAUGGACAUCGACUCUGCCGGCGGAGGACGCACCGUGUUGAGUAACGAUGACCUGGGCUUCUCCCCAGAGUCUUUGAAAGACGACAGUGGUAACACCAGUCCAGAGCUUAUGAACUUUGAAGCCUCUGGCUUGGGUGGCGUGCAGCCCGAGGAUAACUUUUCCAUUCAUGUGCGACGUUCCCAGGUAUCCACAGCACCAAGCCAUAUUUCUACUAGGCGCAGAUCAAGUCUCUACCCUAAGGCCAUCCAGGAUGCAUUAUACUCACACCCAGAGGCAUCAGAAACAACUUCGCCUCGGGAGAGUCCCCAACCCGUCUUUCAACAGAAGAUUCUCUCUGCAAACCGUAAAUCGCUGCCCAGUUCUGCUCUUCCGCCUGCGUCCUUUUUGCCCUUUGACUCGUGCUCCUCGGGCGACGUCGAUUCAGACCUUGCAUCUAAUGCGUCUGAUGCAUCAUCGGAACCCGACGACGACUCAUCAGAGUCGCCAGCAACAGCGAUGCAAAUCCUUAACAUUGCGCCCGGCGGCUCAGAGGAUUCUGAAGAAUCAGAGUCGGAUUACGAGGAAAGCGAUGACGGUAGCGUCGACCUGCUCGCGACAGCACGCCAACAAGACCCCACUGCUGUGCGUGCUAGCGAGCGCGAAUACGACGCCGCUCUUGCCGACCGCCUUGCCGAGGAGAUCCCAGCCGGUAGCUCGGCGGCAACGGCGGGCGGCGGUAGCGGGUUUAACAGCCCGGCCGGUGGUCUCCUCGAAGCAGCUGCUAAGCGUGAGAAGAGACUUAGCCGUGAGAGCAGGUCCAGCAGCAUGAUUUCCGCUCAAUCUAGAUUGAAGCGCGCGCGCACUAGCGAUUCCGUCAACAACCCACAUGCUCAGAAGAGCCCCAAGACCAGUCGGGCCGAAUAA